AUGGUCCCGGCAGCUGUGGACCCAGGUCCGCAGUACCCUCCGCUGAACCACGAGGUUUUCGAGGAUCCCGAGCACAUCGCCUUGGUGCACCGUGUGUCGGCAGCCAUCGCCAGCCCCGAUGCCUACGCCAAACUGAGCACGACCGUGUUCCAGAAGUUCGCAUUGCAGAAUCCCAGCGAGCGGCUGACAAAGAGCGAGCUGCCCCUUGCGUCCAUGACGCAGGUCCUGGAGUACCUGCAGAUUCCGGCCCAGCAUCUGUCCUUGUUUUGGACGGUCCUGCGGAGGGAGAUGCAGUUCAGCCGUCGACCUGAAACGAUCUCGUUGGAGGUCUUCCAGGCCGUGCUGGUGAAAGUCCUGCGCCGCAUCCGGGACUCCUACUGCGUGCGGGUGGGGCGAGGCCAGAUGGUCACCCAAAACCGGAAGCAGCUGGAGGAGGAGUACGAAGCCUUGGAGGACGUCGGGAGUGGCUUCUUCGGCCAGUGUUUCUGGGUGAAAAGCAAACGUGCUGGCACACAGCGGGUGGCCAAGCGCAUUCCGAAGGAGCGGAUGGAGGUGCCGAAAGAGGAAAUCGAGCGGGAGAUGGAGGUGCUCAGGAAGCUCGAUCAUCCUCACAUAGUCCGACUCUUCGAGUGGUUCGAGUCGGAGAACUCCUUCUAUCUUGUCAUGGAGGGGGCUCGGGGUGGCGACCUGGAUCGUGCCUUGCGCCGAGCCAGGAAGGAGGGCCAAAAGGGCCUGGCCGAGAAGACGGUGCGGCUCCUCAUGGAUCAGGCGCUUAGAGCUCUGGUUUACAUCCACUCCGAGUGCGUCAUCCAUCGGGAUGUGAAGCCCUCCAACAUGAUCCUCACGCGACUGGACCAGCAUCCACCCCACCUGCUGUUGGCGGACUUCGGAAUAGCCGACGUCUUCAAGCCCGACAGCGCCACCAGCCUGACGAAGAAGGGAACUUGGGCCUACAUGGCUCCGGAGAUUUUCGAAGACGUCAUCACGCCCAAGAUCGACAUCUGGGCCCUGGGGGUAGUGGCCUUCGAGCUCCUCUCGGGCAGCCGGCCCUUUGGCCAGACGCCCUUCGAGGUUCAGGUUUCCACCUGCUACGACCCUGACCCCGUGGAUGUUUCGGCGGUGCGGGCGGCUGGCGCCAGCCAAGCUGCUUGCACCUUCGUCUCCUGGCUGUUGACCAAACAGGAGACCUUGCGGCCGAGCGCUGAGGAGGCGCACCGCGACAUGAGCUGGCCCGACCUCGCCCAGCACGACGUCGCCUCCAUGAUCGGCUUCGGUUCAAAAAGUACCUUCUCCAAGGCGGUGUACCUCUGUGCAGCGAGCCAGUUGGACACCUCCAAGCUAGAUGACCUUACGGCCUUUUUUGAGGAGCUGGACGCUGACCGAAAUGGUCACCUGUCCGUGAUAGAGUUCAAGAACGGCUUGAGGCAGGUCCUGGACCCGGAUUCCAUCGAAACCUUGGUGGACUCCUUGGACAUGGACCACAGUGGCAAUGUCGACUACUCGGAGUUCAUCGCCGGCUGCCUCGACGCCCACAUGGGCCUUAUCGAGAGCGCCCUCUUCCACGCCUUUCACGUCUUCGAUGUGAACAACGACGGCGUGAUUUCUCUGAGUGAGCUGCGAUCCAUCCUCAACUCGAACGGCGAGGCGCUCUCUGUCGUUCUGCCCGAGGGGAAGACCGUGGAGGGGUUCAUGAAGGACAUCGACACCUCCAAAGAUGGCUUUAUCAGCUUCGAGGAGCUCAAGGACUUCCUCAAGAAGGAGGCAGAUGCGUCACCAAGCGCCUGGCCCUCCAAGAAGGAUGCCUCUCGCCGUUUGUCCUCGGCAGGCGUCCGGCGAGGCUCGUCGCUUUCCACGGCGCCUAGCGCAGGCCCCAUCGCCGAGCCUCCGAAGCUGCAGCCGCCCGCGGCGCCUCCGGCGCCGCCUUUGGAGCCCGAGCUGCAUGCGCAGCUUCAGCGUUGCGUUGACCUGUCAAGCAGCAACGUCGGCUUGCUGAAGCAGCUAACGACGGCUCUUGCCCGCCCGGUGGAGGCGGACGUCGCUCGCCAAAGCGCGAGCUCUGACAGUGAAGGCGGCUGA